AGUAUUCAGACAUAGACCUAGAUGUGGUGGCGAAAAGAUAUCCCGAGGUGCGUAAGGGCGGUUGGUACGUCCCGCCCAAUGUUACCACGUUGCACAAAGUUGUUAUCAUAGUGCCAUACAGGGAUCGCCAAAAGCAUCUGGCGAUAUUCAUAAAGUACAUGCAUUCGUUUCUUAUGAAGCAACAAAUAGAAUAUGUAAUUUUUAUUAUCGAACAAGCAGGAACGCGUCCCUUCAACCGCGGCCAGCUCUUGAACGUAGGAUUUUUGGAGAGUCAGAAGAUGGGCAGCUGGGAGUGCUUCGUCUUCCACGAUGUGGACUUGCUGCCGCUGGAUGGGCGGAACCUGUACCAGUGCGACAAGCAGCCUCGACACAUGUCUGCUGCCAUCGAUGCAUUCGGUUUCGAGCUACCAUAUAAUAAUUUAUUGGGCGGUGUGUUAGCUAUGACGUUGGAGCUGCUUCAGAAAGUCAACGGGUUCUCCAAACGAUACUGGGGCUGGGGCGGCGAGGAUGACGAUAUGUUUCACAGGUUAUGGAUGAUGGGUUACCGUAUCACACGUUACAAUAUGUCCGUAGCGCGGUAUAUUAUGCUCGGCCACUCGAAAGCAGUGCGCAACCCAAGAAGAGAGGAUAUCUUACGAGGAACGAAAAACAUAGUCAAGAUGGACGGAAUAUCGUCACAAGAAUACGUGGUUAUUAAGAGAAACUUUCACCCACUGUACACGCACAUCAUUGUGGACAUCGACCGGUCCAGAUACCGUCAGAUGUUGAAGAGAAUUUAG